AACAAAGAUCGGCCACAAGAAGAGGAAGAGGAAGCCGCGGACCAGCCCAGGAUGAUCUCUGACCCCUUCUGACCCCCCUGCCGACCCCCCUGCUGACCCUACCGCCGCCCCCUGACCUCAGCACCUCCCUGCACCCCUCACCUCACCCCACCUGGAGCCAGAAAGCUGUGUGCGCGAGUGUGUACGCCAUGGCUCACCUCACCUUCCAGCAGGAGUACAUGCAGAUGCCGCCAGUCACACGCGCGUACACGACCGCGUGUGUGUUUACUACAAUGCUGGUGCAACUGGAUUUCGUGUCUCCAUUCACUCUCUACUUCAACCCAAUACUCAUCUUCAGAAACUACCAGGUCUGGCGUCUGGUGACCACCUUCCUGUUCUUCGGGGCCAUGGGCUUCAAUUUCCUCUUCAACAUGAUCUUCACGUACAGAUACUGCCGGAUGCUGGAGGAGGGGUCCUUCAGGGGGCGGACCGCUGACUUUGUGCUCAUGAUGGUGUUUGGCGGUGUGUGCAUGAUGGUGUGUGCGCUCUUCUGCCAGCUCCUCUUCCUGGGCCAGGCGUUCACCAUCAUGCUCGUGUACGUCUGGGCGCGGCGAAACCCCUUCGUACGCAUGAAUUUCUUCGGCCUGCUCAACUUCCAGGCCCCAUACCUCCCCUGGGUGCUGCUGGGGUUCUCGGUGCUGCUGGGGAACUCCAUUUUGGUUGACCUGGUGGGGAUCGCAGUGGGCCACCUCUACUACUUCUUGGAGGAUGUCUUCCCCCAGCGUUCCGGGGGCAUUAGGCUUCUGAGGACACCCGCCUUCCUCAAGAGACUAUUCGAGGCUGCCCCGGAUGACCCCGCCUACCGCCCCCUUCCCGAGGAGCGGCCGGGGGGCUUCAACUGGGGCGAGGUCUUCCGGCAGGAGUUCCAAGGCCAGGACCAAGGCCAGCAAGGACAAGGCCAAGGGCGGGACUAGGAGGAGAAGAACAGAUGUAGCUGUGUGUGUGUGUGUGUGUGUGAGUAUUACUGCUGUUGUUGUUGUUGUUACAGUCCUCCCUCAAAUAGUACGGUUUUCAAUAGUUCGAUUUCGGUUUUCUGUGGAUUUUCAUUGAAGAUUUUUGGGGGGGACUUUUGAAUUUCCCGACGAGCCCUAAAAAAUCUUCCGAGACAAUCCGCUUAAAACCGAUCUCUCCGUACUAUUUGAGGGACGAUUGUAUUGCUAUAGGUGAAUGGUACCGAUCUAUACUUCCGAUUUACAGUUCCAGUUAACACUUUCCCAACAUACAUGUCUCUAUAAUCAUCCGUCGCGUCGCUGGGACAAAAAAACUCACCCAAAAUUCUGUAAUUCUCAUUGACGUGUGAUACUUGGUCUGUAGGCAGGCUAGCACAUGUCAGCUCCAGGCCUCCCUAUACCCAGUUAGGUGUGCGUUAUGGACGAGAACACCAGAUGGGACGGUGCGCACCAAAGUGUUAACAGUCCUUAUUUAGAGUACCGAUAUUUUUAUUAUUAUUAUUAUUUUUUUACAUCGCGGGCUAAUGCGCCGGUAAGCUUCGUCCCGGUGGAUCUUGAUGGUUGGUCCAAGGCUUCUUUCUGGUGGGUCCUGAUGGUUGGCCCAGCCCGUUCUGGUGCAGGCGAGUGUUUAUAGUGCCGCCAUCUUGCACUGGCUCAUGCUACCCCCCGGAGCUCAUCUUUAAUCCUAGAAUCUAGAGUCCGGGUUGAUAGGUGGUCUUCAGGACAGCAUGUGGGUAGUUUUAAGCCACUUGGCAGCGGCUGAAAAAUCCCAGCUUGGUGGCACUGGGCAGGGAUUGAACUCGCGUCUUCCUGAACGCGGCGCUGUCUUGCUAUGCGUUCAGCCACAGCCUUCACAUGGGAAGCCGCGAUUGUUAUCAGUAAUAUCCAGACAGCACUAACAAAUACUGGCAAUUAUAGUCUUCAAUUAUAGUCCUCCCUCAAAUAGUACGGUUUUCAAUAGUUCGAUUUUGGUUUUAUGUGGAUUUUCUGAGAAGAUUUUUAAGGAUUUUUAAAUUUCCCGAAAAGCAGGAAAUUUUAAAAUCCUAAAAGAUCUUCCGUAACAAUCCGUAUAAACCCAAAACUGAACUAUUGGAAACCGUACUAUUGAAAACCGUAUUGGAAACUGUACUAUUGGAAACCGUAUUGGAAACCGUACUAUUGAAAACCGUACUAUUGGAAACCGUACUAUUGAAAACCGUACUAUUGAAAACCGUAUUGGAAACUGUACUAUUGAAAACCGUAUUGGAAACCGUACUAUUGGAAACUGUACUAUUGAAAACCGUACUAUUGGAAACCGUACUAUUGAAAACUGUAUUGGAAACCGUAUUGGAAACCGUACUAUUGAAAACCGUAUUGGAAACCGUACUAUUGAAAACCGUAUUGGAAACCGUACUAUUGAAAACCGUAUUGGAAACCGUACUAUUGGAAACUGUACUAUUGAAAACCGUAUUGGAAACCGUACUAUUGAAAACCGUACUAUUGAAAACCGUACUAUUGAAAACCGUACUAUUGAAAACCGUACUAUUGAAAACCGUACUAUUGAAAACCGUAUUGAAAACCGUACUAUUGAAAACCGUACUAUUGAAAACCGUACUAUUGAAAACCGUACUAUUGAAAACCGUAUUGAAAACCGUAUUGGAAACCGUACUAUUGAAAACCGUAUUGAAAACCGUACUAUUGAAAACCGUAUUGAAAACCGUACUAUUGAAAACCAUACUAUUGAAAACCGUAUUGAAAACCGUACUAUUGAAAACCGUACUAUUGAAAACCGUACUAUUUGAGGGAAGACUUUAUAGGGAGAGCAAUAGAUGUUUUUCUGCCAAACUGGAAUCAUUAGUAAAGGUAUAUUUAUAAGUAUACUUUAUCAUCAUUACUUAAAUCACAGCACACCUCAAGAUAGUACUGUUAGGGUAGUAAUAGCAGUAGUAGUAGUAGUAGUAGUAGUAGUAGUGGUAGAGGUAGGUUAGAUAGAGUUAAGGAAUAGAAAGGAAUUUAAGUGAAUGGUUAAUAAAAUAGAAAUUAAUAAAAUAUAAAAAAUAAAAGAAGAUUAAAAUAAGAGGAAAAUGUCUAAUAAUUAUCUUUUUUUUCUUUUACAGGCCUCCUCCUCCUCCUCCUCUUCCUCCUCCUCCUCCUCCUCUUCCUCCUCCUCCUCCUCCUCCUCCUCCAAAUGUUCUUCCAUGAUCCAGUUUUUUUCUUUCUUUGCUUUUUGUUAACUCUCUCUCUCUCUCUCUCUCUCUCUCUCUCUCUCUCUCUCUCUCUGAUUAUGGCAUUAGUGUGUGUGUGUGUGUGUGUGUGUGUGUGUGUGUGUGUGUAAGAAAGAAAGAGAGAGAGAGAGAGAGAGAGAGAGAGAGAGAGAGAGAGAGAGAGAGAGAGAGAGAGAGAGAGAGAGAAGGAGGAGGAGGAGGAACCAAAAAUAAAAAAAAAAAAUAAAAAAAAAUUACAGUGAUUUCUUUGUUUGGGAAAAAAAAGAUUAAAAAAAAAAGAAAAAAAAAUGAUUAGAAGGAGAAAAAUAAAUGGAAGAAAAUCAUUAUUAUUAUUAUUAUUAUUAUUAUUAUUAUUAUUAUUAUUAUUUUUAUUUCUGUGUGUGUGUGUGUGUGUGUGUGUGUGUGUGUGUGUGUGUGUGUGUGUGUGUGUGUGUGUGUGCUUGCUUGUAAUAAUAAAAAUAAAGGAGAGAAAAAAAUAA